AUGCCUGUGUUUUACUCACCUGUUCCCGAGAACUUGCAGAUGGGUCUGGCCUAUAUGGGAGGCUCUGUGUUCACCAACAACAGGACAGCGGACAGCGACCUCAGCAGGGAGCAAGAGGACGCCUCUGUGGUGAACGAGCUGGUCUCUCACCUUCCCCUGCAGAUGCUGCUCUACUUCAACAUGUUUUACUUUCCCUGUUGGUGGUUUUCUGCUGUUUUCAUGUUGGAAGUAAAGUUCUAUUAUCUUCCCGGGUACUACCAGGCUCUGCUCAUAACCGGGAUGAUCCUCCUCACAGUCAUUGAAGUGGUCCGACUUUAUCUGGGCUACAUUGGCAACCUCAAAGAAAAGGUGCCAGAGCUGGCAGCCUUCUGGCUCCUGUCUUUCAUGUUCCAGCUGCCAGUGUUGCUGUUCUUCCUGACCGAUGAAGGAAUUAUCAUCCUGCCUCUAGAGAGAGCCGUCCACUCCCUCUACCUCCUCUUCCUGCUCGCCCAGAUCCUGGCAGCCUUCCUGGCGCUCAGGACCAUGACCCGAAAGCUCACCUUGCUCUUCUAUCUGCGCCAGUUGGGCAAGGUGGAGAGCUUCCGCCACACAGAGAUGAGCCCUGUCUAUGGACUGCCCUACAACCGCAGUGUACUGCCUGUGUCACACAACCAUGACGUGUACCAUUAA